AUGGCUCCCGCCAACUCCUCCCGCAACUUCUCCGCACCCGAGGCUCGGAACGGCUCAGUAGCAGAGAAGCCAGCACCAUACACCAAUGUGAUCAUGCCCAGUCUCUUCAGCAUCAUCUGUUUCCUGGGCAUUGUGGGGAACCUCAUUGUCAUCUACACUAUUGUCAAGAAGAAGAAGCUGAGAUGCAAACAGACUGUGCCUGACAUUUUUAUCUUCAACCUCUCCAUUGUGGAUCUCCUCUUCCUCUUGGGCAUGCCUUUCCUCAUCCACCAGCUCCUAGGCAAUGGCUCCUGGUACUUUGGAGCUCCCUUAUGCACCAUAAUCACUGCCCUGGACACCAACAGUCAGAUCACCAGCACCAACAUCCUUACGGUGAUGACACUGGACCGUUACCUGGCUACAGUCUAUCCUCUAAAAUCUACCUACGUCAGGACCCCAUGUGUUGCAGCUCUAGUAAUCUGCUUGGUGUGGCUCCUCUCCUUCCUGACCAUCAUUCCCGUGUGGAUGUACGCAGGUCUCAUGCCUCUGGAGGAUGGGACAGUCCGUUGUGCCCUCUUGCUUCCCAACCCAGAGACUGAUAUCUACUGGUUCACACUCUAUCAGUUCAUGCUGGCAUUUGCUGUGCCACUGAUUGUGAUCUGUGUGGUCUAUUUUAAGAUCCUCCAGCACAUGGCCACCACUGUGGUCCCAUUGCCCCAGAGGAGCCUCCGCCUACGUACCAAGAAAGUCACCCACAUGGCAGUUGCUAUCUGCUCUGCCUUUUUUAUUUGUUGGGCUCCCUUCUACAUCCUCCAGCUGGUCCACCUUGGCAUUGACACACCAUCCAUGGCCUUCUUUUAUGCCUACAAUUUUGCCAUUAGCUUGGGCUAUGCCAACAGUUGCCUCAACCCCUUCCUCUACAUUGUCCUCAGCGAGAACUUCAAGCGCCAGUUCUUAGUGGCCAUUCACCCUGCAAAAGAGCCAUGUUGCACCAGCAGCUCUGCCAACAACAACAGCAUGACAGAGGCUAGUGCGUGUCUGAAACUGGCACCAGAAUCCACCCAGCAGACUCAGUUUCUGGAGGAAUUUUCCUCACGUUCACUGCCUGUGACUGUGGCUGUUCACUAG